AUGAUGUUACCAAGCCCGGUCACCUCCACCCCUUUCUCAGUCAAAGACAUUUUGAAUCUGGAGCAGCAGCAGCAACAGCACUUCCACGGCGCGCACUUACAGGCGGACUUGGAGCACCACUUCCACUCGGCGCCGUGCAUGCUGGCCGCCACCGAGGGGACGCAGUUUUCCGACGGAGGAGAGGAGGACGAGGAAGAAGAGGGCGAGAAACUGCCCUAUCUGAACUCACUAGCCACAGCCGACGGCCACGGGGCUUCGGGGCUCUGUCCCCAGAGCUUUGUCCACACAGUCCUGCGAGACUCGUGUAGCGAGCCUAAGGAACAUGAAGAGGAGCCCGAGGUCGUGAGGGACCGGAGCCAAAAAAACUGCCAGCUGAAGAAGCCUCUGGAGGCGGCCGGAGACUGUAAGGCGGCGGAGGAGAGCGAGAGGCCCAAGCCACGUAGCCGCCGGAAGCCCCGGGUCCUCUUCUCGCAAGCCCAGGUCUUCGAGCUGGAACGCAGGUUCAAGCAGCAGCGGUACCUGUCGGCGCCCGAGCGCGAGCACCUCGCCAGUAGCCUGAAGCUCACGUCCACGCAGGUGAAGAUCUGGUUCCAGAAUCGCAGGUACAAGUGCAAGAGGCAGCGGCAGGACAAGUCUCUGGAGCUGGGCGCGCACGCGCCUCCGCCGCCGCCGCGCCGCGUGGCCGUGCCGGUGCUGGUGCGGGACGGCAAGCCGUGCGUCACGCCGGGCGCGCAAGCCUACGGCUCGCCCUACAGCGUGGGUGCGGGCGCCUACUCCUACAACAGCUUCCCCGCCUACGGCUAUGGGAACUCGGCCGCCGCCGCCGCCGCUGCCGCCGCCGCCGCCGCCGCCGCCGCGGCCUACAGCGGUAGCUACGGCUGUGCUUACCCGGCGGGCGGCGGCGGCGGCGGCGGCAGCGGCGGCGGCGGGGCUACCGCGGCGGCCGCGGCCAUGCAGCCCGCCUGCAGCGCGGCCGGAGGCGGCCCCUUCGUGAACGUGAGCAACCUGGGCGGCUUCGCCGGCGGUGGCGGCGCGCAGCCGUUGCACCAGGGUGCCGCGGCCGGGGCAGCGUGCGCUCAGGGCACCUUGCAGGGCAUCCGGGCCUGGUAG